AUGCUAUCACCAGCAGGCCCCCCCCAUCUCUUCUUCUCUCUAACUCCAAGCGAGCCCCCUCCCCCCUUCUGUCUCUCUACAGCAGCAGCAGCAGCAGCAGCAGCAGCAGGUGCAGCAGCAGCAGGUGUAGCAGCAGAAAAAAGCACAACCACCAACAACUCAACAGCAGCAGCAGCAACUCAGCAGCAGCAGCAGCAACUCAGCAGCAGCAGCAGCAAGUCAGCAGCAGCAGCAGCAAGUCAGCAGCAGCAGCAGCAGCAGCAAGUUAGCAGCAGCAGCAGCAGCAGCAGCAAAUACCGAAGAUGA